AUGGCUUCGGCUGGGUUGCUCGACGUGUUGCUGGUGGUGGUGGUGGUGGCGGCGGCGGCUCUUGGCCUGUCCCAUGUGUCAGCUGUGGAGGUGCACACAGCACAGGAGCUCAGGGUGAAGAAUGGGACAGUAGCAAGGCUCCGGUGCACGUUCACAUCCUGGGAGGUGAUCAGCAGUGCAGCCUCCGUGACCUGGAGCUUCCAAGCACAAGGAGCAUCUUCCGCUGUGUCGUUCUUCUAUUAUUCUAAUGGGAUGGCAUAUCCUGGGCAACAUGUGCCAUUUAAGGACAAAAUCAGCUGGGCUGGAGACUUGAGCAAGAAAGAUGCAUCUAUCAGUAUUGCAGACAUCCAGUUUCUGGACUCUGGCACUUAUGUCUGUGAUGUCAAGAACCCUCCAGACAUUGUUGUCACACCAGGAGAAAUCAGGCUCGAAGUGUUGGAGAGAGAGGUUUCUGGUCAGGAGCAAGAGACUGAUGUCCCCCCAACACAGACUGAUUCCACUGAGGAGAGGGUAUUUGUGAUCCUGCAAGAGAUCAAGGACCUAGUCAACACAAAAUUUAAGUCACUGAAUAAUCGCCUGGAUGACUUUGAGAGCAAACUGGAUGAAGUCAGACGUACAUUGAUAACCUGAAACCAAACGUCCACAGCAGUGGAGGACUAGAUGGCCACAGUAAGAGCAGUAAGAGCAGCGACGAUGAAUAUAUAGAGGAAUUAUAUAGUCUCUUUUCAGAGUAUCGCUUUCAAUAUUUACAUUUAAUCUUGCUCUGUAUAUAACUCCAGGCACUUCAAUAUUUCAGUUGAAAAACAACAGCAGGAUUGCCUUAAGCACCCACCUUGCUUCUCUU